AUGUUUGAAUUUACACUUAAAUUUUUGAGUGGUGAUAGUCGCAAGUAUGAAGUUGAUGAAUCGACAACUGUUCGUCAAUUUAAAGAACGUUUACGUGAAGAAUUGAAUAUUCCAAUUGAACGGCAACGUUUGAUUUUCCAAGGAAAAGUUUUACAAGAUGAUACGAAAUUAAUCGACAGCAAUAUCCAAGAUAAAACAAUUCAUUUCGUUGAGCGUGCUGAACCAAUUCCACCACCUGCACCGCAUAACACUACCGGUGCAGCUUUAAGUGGCACAGGUAUAGGUACGAACGAUGGCGGACUAAAUCAAGCAAUGAUGGAUGAAGUUAAUGAAACAACGAGUAUCUUUAUAAAUGCUUUUCCUGGUGUUGCGAAUUUACAACCGAAUGACCUUCAAAAUUUGGUUCAAAAUCUACUCAAUGAUUUGGGUGAUGUUGGUCGACAAGCUCAAGUGAACACCACAAUGGCUUCGGAUGGUCAUGGUGUCGAUAUUAACAUUGAUUUUGGCAAUGUAAAUCAAGUUUUAGAGCAACAAGAAAUUAACGAACGCUUUCGGUCUAUUGGCCGUAUGUUAACACGACUGAAACUUCGUAUUGAUCGUAUUGAACAAAUUGUGCAGUCAAAUUUUCAACUGUCACCUACUCCACCACCAUCAGCUUCAGAAAGAACAGCAAGCCCACCACAACCAGUCCCAACACAAACGGAGCCGACUGUUGUGCCACGUCCACCGCCACAGCAACCAGCAGCAGCAGCAGCAGCAUCACCAUCUGCGACAGCACCGUCGACCACAUUUCUCGGCAUGGAAGAUAUCACAUCAACUGAAAUGGAUGCCGAAUCGCAAGGUUCAAUACAUGCAAAUGAAACACUUCGUACACCGUCAAGCACAACCAGCGCUAUGUCUGCAAAUAGUGCUGCAACACCAACAAGAACCACAAAUAAUAAUCAAACACCAACGCCUCCACGAACAGCUCGGGAUUUAGCUGAAUUGAUGAACACAAUCGAUAUGGAACACCAACGAUUACAAAGCUUUCAUCAAGUUUAUAUACGUACCAUAACACAAAGCGACGCAUUUGAACAAGAGUUAGCUGGUCGUCAACGAUUCUAUUCAUUGUAUAAUGAAGCAACACAUUUAAUUGCACAUAUAUAUCACAAUAUAACUGAUUUCACUCUUGAUUUGAAUGAUCCAUUAGAAACACGAGUCUUACAUUUGGGAGAAUUACCAAUUUCACAAGCAGGUCUUGCUUCGAUUACACAAAAUGCCGCAGUUGGAGUAGCAUCCGGCCAAGACGGAGCACCAAGAAUUCUUCCACGUGCUUCACGUUCGAUUGGACGACAACCAACAGCGGUAGCGGCAGCUCGUAUUAUGGGACCUAUACAGAUCACAACUGGUGCAAAUCCGACAAUGAUGUCUGGAGAAGUCCGAAUGCCAUUUCAAAAUCCGAUGGUUCAAAUACCUCGCAUGGUACUCAAUACUGCUACACGACCAAGCAUGCCUUUCCGUCCUCCGGCACCAGUUCCAGGUAAUUAUGGUAAUAUGCAACCAUCGAUGCGUUUCAAUCUUGGUACUCUACCGUACACAUUUAUGCAAAUGGGGCCCGAUGGAAUUACUCUCAAUCAAGUAUCAGCAUCCGUCGUCGCUGAUGUACAAACUGGUAGUUCGCCUUCAUCGCAGCCAUCGGCAGUAAAUACUGCAUCGAAUCAAUCAAUACCAAUCAAUCUCCCUUCAGGUUCUACACACGUGAUUUCAAGUCCUAUUCAUAUCAACGGUGGCCAAUUAGACAAUAAUCUUGCUGCUGAAAUAGCUCAACGUGUUUCAAAUAGUGUUCAACAACAUUUUGCACAGAUAGCCAAUCAGCAAACACCAGGCGGUGCAAAUAAUAGUACUCAACCAUUGAAUAACAAUAAUCAAAAUAUAGCGAAUUCUCUACUGCGUUCCGCAUUCGCUCUUCAACCCGAUUCAGCUUCGUCAAUUCGUGAUCGUAACGAGACGACCCGAUCGCGUUCUGCUGACUCACGGCCACCCAAUACCAAUACAAAUAUUUCAACGCAAUCAAAUAUUGAAGAUGACGACAAUGAAUGGAUAGAUCUCCCAUCAAUGGAACUUCCUAUACCAACUCCACCACUUCCCCCUUCACAAAUGCCAGCAAUCCCUCGUCUUCGAGGACCUGCUAUCAUACAAUCAAUCGACCGAAGUUUACCAUGUGCAUCACCAUACUUCACUCAAACGUUACGUCCACCGUUUGACAAUCCGAAUAAUGCCACUAAUCUAACACCGAACGAAGUGGCUGCAUUGAAUAAUACACCCAAUCGUGCUGUUAUAUUUGCUACGACACCACAGCGUAAUCGUGGUCGUCAUCGUCACCCAGCUGGACCAUGGGCACAACAGAAUCAACAGCAACAACAAAUGCAAAACUUCAUGUUAUCUUCACCCGGCGCUCCUACAGGUAGCACGAUGUUUACACCUAACGGUCAUGCUUACAAUAUGACAGCACAUUCGUUCGAAAUUCCAAUGGUUAUAUCGACUUCAACAACCGUCGACACAUCUCAAUUACCCUCAUCGACAACAGCAUCGUCAACUGACGCCGCUCAACAACGACAACAACAACCUUCGGCGACGAAUGACGGAGAACAAGUUCAAAUAAAUGCUAUUUUAAGUCAAGUUCUCUCACAAAUUCUACCUGGUGUUUUACGAAGUGGUAAUGGACGCGUUCGAUUAAACAUUGGUCAAAACAACGCUGGCCAUUCGAAUAUUCAAGCACCACAGCCGACACCAACACAAUCCAGUGGGACAAAUCAAGCACAACACGCAACAGCACCGCCUGCUGUCAACAAUAUUCCGGGCGUUGUUGCUGGUGGUUUAGAUUUCUCGAACUUUGCUCGAUCGAUUAACAGUAUGGUUCAAGGCAUCACGGGUCGACUCAUACCUGGAGCAACAUUGAUAAAUGCGACUCCAUCAACCACUGCUUCAACAUCACCAUCUACAACUGCUACAUCUAAUACAAGUUCUUCAACACAGAAUAGUAAUACAUCAACCGGAGCCAACAGUAAUGAAAAUGACAAUGUUACUGAACAAAUGUUAGGAGAAUUAUUACGUUUACUGGGCGGUGGUAUGGAUAAUCCUGAAUUAGAAAAUCUGACUAUUGGAUCCUUUAUGCGACGUUUCGGUGAAGACGUCGACGUUCGCUCAACCGAUGGUACGAAUAUUAUCAGUGAAUUAUUUUCAGCAAUGACAACACGUAUGCGGUUUACCGAUGUUUGGAGUGUUGUUUUGGGCAAUCCAGUUGGAGCACGUAUAAAUGAAGCACGUCAAUCAGCAACAGAAUAUUUACGAAAUGUCGUUCUCCAAGGAAGACCCAUUACAGAAGAUACACUGGAAGAGUUAACAAAUAAACUUUACGAAUCACUUUUGCAAGAAGCUUCAAUAAAUUUCAAUGAGCUUCGAGUGAAACCAAAUGUAAACAUCGCAAAUGUUAUGAAACGUUUCUUUCAUCACCACGUCCGUAAACUAUUGAAUAUUUUAUUUAAUGAUCCCGAUACUAUUUGGUUCGAACAUUUUCGACAUCGAUUAACCAUAAUGCGUAACGAAUAUCUGGCAUUAUCAUCACAUUGUCUCGAAGGCGGAGAGACAGCUGCAAUAGAUUUUAUUUUAAGUCGACACCGUGCUGUCUUUCGUUCAACAAAUCCAAUGAUCGUAGGAUGGUCAGAAACCUACCUUCAAACAUCUCUAACAACCGCUUUCGGUGAAAUUCGUACAUCGCCGCCUGAUGUGCAACAAUAUUUAGUCGAGCCAACACCAACAGUUGAACGUCACGUGCCUCCUGCGACUGCUACUCCUCCAUCAUCAACAUUAAUGAGUAGUAUAGUAAAUAGAACUGAUCAAGAACGUCGAGCAGUAGCGGGAGCGACUACAACACCAUCGACAUCAACUAGACAAAGUGCAACAUCAAAUGCAUCUUGGCGAGAAAACUUACCAGAGGAUUGGAUUCCAAUUGUUAUCCGAGAUGUAAACAGUCAACAGAAUGCGCCAGCUCAAACUCCAUUUAGCGAUGCUUAUAAAGAAGGUAUGCCAGCUAAACGACGUCGUGUUCAUAUGCGUGAAGACUUGACAUCAUCAAAUCUCUUACAAACAUUGGUUUUACGUGCUUCAUCAGUUAAUUCAUCGUCGAAUCAGAUAUCAAAUGCGACGACAUCUACGCCUGAAAGUGUUCUCACGGGUGAAGCUGCAUCACCAGCACUUGUCAGUACAUUCGAACAAGAACUCAAACGUUUACUAGAACAACGUCUAAGACAAGAUCGAGACUAUCCCGAAGUGCAAAAUCGUAUGCCGAAUACCAAACGUUAUUUAGAUGGUGAUAAAUAA